GGUGCCGGUGCCGGUGCCGGUGCCGGGCGGUCGGGGCGCAGCCAAGCCCGCGGGCGGCAGCGACUCCUCACGGCCUGGCAGGUGCCGUCUGCCGGCCUCCGCCUCAAAGCCGCCCGGCGCUGCCCCGCCGUCCCCCCGCCCCCGCCGGGGGAGGAGGCGAGCGGCUGCCGGCCCCCUCCCUCCAUGGCCGCGGGCCGGCGGGGGACGCCAGCCCCGCGCCCGCCGGGCACCGCCGCCGUCCCGCUCCGCUAGCGCGGUCUGCGGCCGGAGGGAACGCGCUCGCCGGGCGGGGGGGCUCCCACCCCGCUCCCCCCCCGCCCCACCCCGGGCGCGGCGGUGGCGGGGGCUCCCUCGGCGCCCAUUCCUCCACACAAAGAGGACGCGCGGAAACGUGCGCGGACGGGGCGGGGGACGGGGCGGGUGGGCGGCUCGGUACCUCCCCAGGGCGGCAGCGGCGGGGGAGCCGCCGUGACAGCCAGCCGUGGGCGAGGGCUGCGCCCUGCGCUCCUUCCUAAAAAGGCGCCGGUCUUUUUCCUCCCCUUUUCCCACAGGGAGCGCCCGGCACCCCCCGUCCAGGCUCUUCCGCGGGAUGGCGGCGGAGGGCCGCCCCGUGUCGCUGGGCGCUGCGCCCUAGCAGCCGCCGGUCUCCAGCCGCUGCGGGGGGGGCGCGGAGCCGGGCGCGGAGCCGGGCGCGGAGCCGGGCGCGUCCCAGCCCCUCUCCGCCGCCGCUCGGGGUUCUUCCCGCCUCCCCGCCCCGUCCCCGGCCAUCGCAGCAGGCAUGGGCUGUUUCUGCGCGGUCCCGGAGGAAUUUUACUGCGAAGUUUUGCUCCUGGACGAGUCCAAGCUGACCCUGACCACACAGCAGCAGGGCAUCAAGAAGUCAACGAAAGGGUCAGUUGUCCUGGGCUACGUAUUUCGUCACUUAAACCUAGCGGAGAUAGAUUACUUUGGACUGCGCUACUGCGACCGAAGUCAUCAAACGUACUGGCUGGAUCCUUCAAAGACCCUUGCUGAACAUAAAGAAUUGAUAAACACUGGACCACCAUACACUCUGUAUUUUGGCAUUAAGUUCUAUGCAGAGGAUCCAUGUAAACUUAAAGAAGAAAUAACAAGGUAUCAGUUUUUCUUGCAGGUCAAGCAAGAUGUUUUACAGGGCCGUUUGCCUUGUCCAAUCAACACUGCAGCACAGCUGGGAGCAUAUGUAAUUCAGUCUGAGUUGGGGGACUAUGACCCGUAUAAGCAUACUGCAGGUUACGUCUCAGAGUACCGCUUUGUUCCAGACCAGAAGGAAGAGCUGGAGGAUGCCAUAGAGCGGAUACACAAAACUCUGAUGGGUCAAGUUCCUGCUGAGGCAGAAGUGAACUAUUUAGGGGUGGCCAAAUCCCUGGAAAUGUAUGGAGUGGACCUUCAUCCUGUUUACGGUGAAAACAAAUCUGAAUAUUUUUUAGGAUUAACACCCAUAGGAGUUGUUGUCUAUAAGAAUAAGAAACAAGUAGGAAAAUAUUUCUGGCCUAGAAUUACAAAAGUUCACUUCAAGGAAACACAGUUUGAACUUAGAGUCCUGGGAAAAGAUUGCAAUGAAACUUCCUUCUUUUUUGAAGCACGUAACAAGAUAACAUGCAAACAUCUCUGGAAAUGCUGUGUAGAACAUCAUACAUUUUUCAGAGUGCCAGAGAAUGAAUCAAACUCUCUGUCAAGAAAAUUCAGCAAGUUUGGAUCCAUAGGUUAUAAACAUCGGUACAGUGGCAGGUCAUCUUCACAAAUGACCAGAGACCCUUCUGUGCAGCUCCCGCGUCCUGACCAGUGCAUUGAAAGAAGUCGCAGCAAGACUUACCCCAAAAGAGUUCAACAGACAGGAUCUAAGAACAUGAGCCAGAUUACAACAAAUGGGGAAAAUGAAGGAACUACCAAAAUUAUUGCACCUUCCCCUGUGAAAAGCUUUAAAAAGAUGAAAAAUGAAAACAGUCCAGAAACCCAAAGAAGUAAAACAAGCGCACCAUGGGAGGAAAAUGGCCCACAGAGUGGGCUGUAUAAUUCUCCCAGUGACCGCAAUAAAUCACCAAAGUUUCCUUACUCUCGGCGACGGAACCCAUCAGGUGGCAGCGAGAAUGAGUCUGGUCAGCCAGUUCGGAGGAGGAAAAAUCAAAACAGUGGCGAAGAUUCAGAUUUAAAGCAAAGGAGAAGAUCACGUUCUCGCUGUAACACCAGCAGUGGCAGUGAAUCAGAAAAUUCCAACAGAGAGCAUCGGAAGAAGAGAAACAGAUUACGGCAAGAGAAUGACAUGGUUGAUUCAGCUCCUCAGUGGGAAGCUGUGCUACGGAGACAAAAGGAGAAAAACCAGGCGGAUCCAAACUACCGACGAUCCAGGCACAGAUCACGAUCAAGGAGCCCAGAUGUACAAGCUAAAGAAGAACUAUGGAAACAUAUUCAGAAGGAGCUUGUGGAUCCAUCUGGCCUGUCUGAGGAGCAGUUGAAAGAAAUUCCAUACACUAAAAUUGAGACUCAAGGCGACCCAAUACGCAUUAGGCAUUCACAUUCCCCUCGAAGCUACCGUCAGUAUCGGCGGUCCCAGUGCUCUGAUGGUGAAAGAUCUGUCCUGUCUGAAGUGAAUGCAAAAACUGAUCUGGUGCCUCCACUGCCUGUCACACGAUCUUCAGAUGCAAAAGGUCCCAGCAUCCAGUUGACUCAGCAGAGACAGAAUGGAUCUAAAGACAGCCUGAUAGAUGAAACAUCUCAGCUAUCCACUACCAGUGUUGAUGGAAAACCCACCACUAAGAUCAUAAAAACUGUACAAGUGUCACGCUUCAAGGUGGAGACUUGACUGCCAUAACUGAAGAUGGUGAAUGAAUUUUAUUCGUUGGAAACUGAGAAUCUGUGUGUGUGUGCAAGGGAAGGAACUGAAGUCAAUGUGGUAGCAAUUUCUUCAGGACACUCAGAAGCACAGCCUACUUGCUGGGAAAGACAAGCAAUGCUUUUACCACUGACACCAUUCUAGUAGUGUGACUGAUCAAGGACAAGCUGCCUGAUUAGACAACCAAAAAGAAAAAUCUUAGAAAAAACAAAUGAAUCGGCAGUUACAUUUCCAAAAAAUGAACAGAAAAAUUGCUGCAACAAAACAGGCUUUAUCAUCUGCCCUGUAACUGAAUAGCCUUUUCCCAAAAAGUGGCUGUUAGCUGACAUGAUCAGGACCAGAUGCUUCACGAGAAGCAACAUAGUUGUAUUUUUGGCCAAUUGUGCAAUACAGUGUGAUAUGGGGAGAAUUAUCUUCACAAUUUUAUAUGGGGAUCAACUUGUGUCCUGAGACAUAAGGACUGAUAGCUCUUACAAGAUUUAUUUUAGCCUAGCACAACAGAUGCUCUUGUUAAUACAAAUGUUGACUCAGCUCAAAAAUCAUAGUCUCGGUAAUACCCUGUAGCAGAGACCUCCAGAGGUGAUACAGACUUACUUCCCUGUGGCAGUUUUAAGUGUUCUCAAUUUUGAAUGCCCUUUAUCUAGAGGGACUAUUUAAUUGAACAUUCUAUACCAUAGAAAUAAAUCUAUCACCUUAUAGUAAACCACACUGGAAAAAAAUGGAGAAUAUGUACUGACCCGCAUAUUAAGACUGCUUAGCAAGGCACUUAAGUACUGGUUAAAUGAAACUUGUAGAGUAGGAUUUAAGACAGCUAGCAAAUAACUUUUUUUUUUUUUUUUAAAAAAAAAAACUAGAUUAGUAAAGUCUGCCUUCAUUUCUUUUAGUUUGAAAUAAUCAAUGCUAGUACCUUCUGAUACUUUUCUCUGAGCCAUUUCUACUAUGAUAAAAUGACAAAGGCAGUAUUUCAGGUAUGAUAAUUGCAUUUUUUUUUCUAUUGUCACAGUAGGAAUAGUAAGUUUUAAUGAUGCUGCACGUUGAGUGGUUUAUCUUCUAGUAUGUAUCUGAAGUGAUGCCUAGCUCUUCUCCUGUCCUAUCACUUUGUACAAGUAGCUGAAAGUCAUUCCUCUGCCUCCCAUUUGUCCACAGUCAGCACAUGGAUGGGCCUUCUGGUGUUGCUGACUUACUAAGAAGCUUAGCAAAAUCUUGGUGUUGUGAAAGUAACGUUUGCUAAGUGUAAUCUGCAAACUAAAUACUGAAUUUGUCAAACAGCAUUGGAAAUGGCUGUAGUAGCUCAUGUGCUUACAUCUGUCCUCCUUAAAUGCAAGCCCCACCACCUUCAGUGAUUUGCAGUGAUCGUGUGUCUUCUACCCCUAACAACACCAUACCGGGAGUCUGCAGCCCUGUCAGAAAAGCAGUACAAGCUGAGAACUGGAGUGAGCAUAAGGCACCUAAGUUAUGAUUGACAAGAGGCAUGGGGUUACUAAUACACAUUUUAACUAACAAAACUGAGAAGUGGGAGCCUUGUACGAUGUGUUUUAUUUUCUGCUUAAUUUUUUGAUUAUUGAUCUGAGGUGGUCAGGUGGACGCUACUAGUCAGCAUGGUGGCCAUACAGUCUUUAUAUUCCUAUCACAGUAUGAAUUGGUCUGCAGGUUGGGAGAUGCUGCAUAGUGCCAGGGAAAGCAGAUUCACUUCAUGAAUAUUUUAGUUUGAUUUUGGACAGUUCUGCUACUUCAGUCUCAGUGAACAAAUCUAAAGGAAGGAAAGAGCUUAGUACCCCUCUGUGGUAAAAAUUCUGUUUUCAUGGAGGUUCCUCAGCAUUUUCUGAAUUUACUGUGGAUUGCAUCCUAGGACAUUGUUGGGCUUGGCUUAAAGUAUUUUCUCAAACUGUUAUGUAAGUCUGAUUUCAUUGUCAUUGCUUCAAUUUAAAGUGACCCUGUAGGAUCUCUUUAUGACCUUGUGUAGUAUUUUCACGAGCACCAGUUAAACACAGAAAAACCACAAAAAAACCCCACCACUGUCGCAAAGAUUGUGGUGAUACAGCUUAAUCUAGAGCAUCACAAUCUUUUGGAAGACAACUGAAAUAUAACAGACCACACAAGAACUGGUUAUAGUCUCUACAGUGAAAGCCACUCCUGAUUUCUUCAAGGUGUUCCAAGCUUGAAUUAUGCACUUGCUUGUAUCUUGUUGCUUUCUAAAUCAUUACCACUAUUCUGCAUUCCUUACUCAGGCACUGGCAAGUAGAACACAUCUAUUACUUUAUGAGGAUUUGUGGUGUUAUUAUUUGAGAAUUAUCUGUACAUAGUGUCUGUAUCUUGCCAAUCCUCAAACACUGAUCACGAAGAAAAUUACUUGCAAGGUUUAUAUCCAACCUCAUGUUUUCCUGUAUGUUGUUAUCUGCCUGUGGGCUUUUGCGUAUUCUAGCUAGGUACCAUCUGGCAAGUGUGUGGUAUUUUACUUAUCCCACCACACCAGAAUAUAGGCUUCUAUCUAGUCUAAUAGUGAUCGGUUUCAGUUCUCAAGUCACAGGAGAGUUGUUUUGUAAUCAAGCCAACUUUUUUGCAUUUAUAUGAGAAAAUUUACAUAGUCCUGGAUUUGAGUUAGUGGUCUUCUCUCCAAUGAGACUAUGUAGGAAGCAGGUUUUAGCAAGUCUGGGGCACUACAGUAGUUUUAUAUCUGCAAAAGAAAGACUUAAGCCUAACGCCUGUAUUACAUGUUAAGUGUCAGUGCCAGAACAAGGCAAAACUUGGACAAGGAAGUCAUUGUCAGCUCAUAGUACAGAAAAAGAAACUUCCACAUACAUGAGCCACCUUUCCCUUCAAGCUUCUUUUCCUCAGCCAUUUGAGGAAAGGCACCUUUUCUUGUCUUAUUUUUUUGUGUGAGAGAUGCCUACAAAGUGAUCAAUCACUGAAAGUGCUUACUGUGUCACAGCUGUUUUGUUGCCCUAAACUAGCCCUACAACAUCUCUAAGUGGCUUGCCUCUUACAGCUCUGAGCUGCACCUUGUUUACCCUUCCCUGGCUCUCUUGGGGCUUUCACUGCCUAAAGGCAGUUACAUUUUCAGACCUGGAGUUUGGAUGUCAGUCCAAAAUGCUUGUACCUCCUGAUGAGUCGGGCAAGACAGGAAAUGUGUAACUGUGUCAGGCAAAGUUUACCCUAAGGUUGGAUGCCAUACAGACCUGUCCUUACAUGGACAGUGAACUCAUACUUGAGACAUUCUCAUCCUAAUUCUGCUUCUAGCCUGCUGAAUUGAUCUCAGGCCAACAAUGUUAAGAUUGUGCCUCUGCAUUUACCUCUUCUGAGACAUCUGUAAGUACUAAGAAUAGGUAAGUUAUGGAACUCUCUCACUGAUACUAGCAAGACCUACAAAUAUAGAUAUACCUUUAUAUUUUAUACCAUAAUGAGGGUUUGCUAACCACACUACAAAUGCAUUUUGUAUAUCCCAUAUUGGUCCCCUUGCUUGUUACCUGGUUUCUUUCAUUAGGACCUAGCCUUGACCUGCUCUUUUCUACACUGCACUUCUUAUCAAUAUCCCUAACCUUGCAACUCGUAUUCUAAUAGAGCUCAUUAUACUGAACAUGUUGGUUGGGAAAAAAGAAAAAAAAAAUUAAUCACUACCAUUUAAAUUGCCAAAUUAAUCAUCUUUAUACAUGUGAAUACUGAACUGAAUAGAUAGCACAUUUUCUUUUGGGAAAGCCUGUUUAAUUCAAAGCUCCCUAGAAAGAUGUUUGAAAAUAACAUACAUAAACAUAUCAAUGUGAUGCCUAUGUUCUAUGUACAUUAAGUAUUCAUGAAGCAACUGUGUGCUUUAUUUUCAAUUGAGUUUGAUAGAUGGCUGUGUUAAUACUUGUGUCCAGGUUAUUUAAAAGUCAAGUAAAACUUGAAUUUUUAGAGCA